CGUAGUUUCUGGAAGAGCUGAGGGAAACUGCAGGCAGCCGCUGCUCUGAAGAUGGCCCACUUCUUCAACAGGCCUGCGACCCGCGGUGGAAGAAACUCUCAGUGUGUCUGCCUGGACGAUUUGUCACAAGGAACAAUGCUGCCCCGUUGGGAACUGUCUUUUUACCUGUUUGCUUCACUAGGCUUCCACUUAUAUUCUUUCUAUGAAGUUUACAAAGCUUCUAGAGAACAUGAAGAGGAGCUGGAUCGACAGUUUGCCCUGGAGAUUGGCACUUUAUUUGGAGGAUUAAAGAAGGACCCGACCGACUUUGAGUGGAGCUUCUGGAUGGAAUGGGGCAAACGGCGGCUGGUGCAGUUUCUGUUUGGUCACAUGGCUGUGUCUCAGCUGGCCAACAUGCUUGCAAGGAAGCACAGACCCUGGAUCCUGGGGGCUUAUGGAAUAUGGGCCUCCUGGUGUGUGCUGGGGGCCCAUGGCACCGCCAUUAUUUUUCUCCACACCCUCAUCUCCUUCUGUGUAGCCCAGUUCCAGUCGCUGGUCCUCACAUGGCUCUGUUCUCUCCUCCUGCUCUCCACACUGAGGCUGCAAGAUGUGGAGGAAGUUAAGAGAGGCUGGUACCAGACCGAAAACGAGUACUACUUGCUGCAGUUCACGCUGACUGUGCGCUGCCUAUCCUACACCAGCUUCAGCCUGGAGUUCUGCUGGCAGGAGAUGCCCACCGGGAGCAGCUUCUACUCCUUUCCCUGGCUGGUGGCCUAUGUCUUCUAUUACCCUGUCUUCCACAAUGGGCCCAUCCUCAGCUUCCCGGAGUUCAUCGCAAAGAUGCAGCGGCAAGAGGACUGCUCGCUGAAGUCCAACCUUUCCGCCUUUGCCGUGGGGCUGGGUCGCCUCCUCUGCUAUUGGUGGCUGGCCGAGCUGAUGGUUCACCUCAUGUACAUGCACGCUAUCUACGGCAGUGCCUCCCUCCUGAGGGCUGUCUCUUGUUGGACCUUAGGAGGACUGGCGUUGGCCCACGUGCUCUUCUUUUAUCUGAAGUACUUGGUGCUCUUCGGUGUCCCAGCUCUACUCAUGCGCCUGGAUGGACUCACGCCGCCGCCCCUCCCUCGCUGUGUGAGCACCAUGUUCAGUUUCACUGGCAUGUGGAGGUAUUUUGAUGUAUCGGUUUUACAUCUGUAUGCAGUCAGAUCUCUCAUUCUUUGCCUGUAUAGUUUCUGCCUUUGGUGA